AUGGACCGCCGUAAUUUGAGCCGCCUUGAAUCCAGUCAUUCAAGCAGCCACUGGAUAUGGGUUUCCAGCCGGAUAGUGACCAAGAACGCGUCCCAGCUACACCCUCUCGGAAGAGCACAUGAGGAAGUAUGCGAAGCUGCCAGGAAUACGAUGUCUUUCUCCAUUGACCGCAUGGAAAGCAGAUGGACAUCAAUUAACGCGAGGAACUUUACUUCCGAAACUGCCCACUUCGUCUCUACCGGUUUCCAUGCUCGCUUGCCGACGACAGCGGCAAGGUUGCGGCGGGGUGCUAUACGAGUUCCUCGUAGAGGUGGCCAGGGUGCAACCGGCGCAGCCUGGCUGGAAAGCGAUCGCGUUUCGGCCCCGAUUGACGCUCUAGUGGGACCUGCAGAUCCUAAUCUAAAAAGUUCUUCUGGACGGACAACCAAUGCCAUGGAUGAUAAUCUUCAUUACUACGAGGGCGUAGGGCAGGCGGAGAAUCAGCACCGGACAGCAUUCGUCACAUCACUGUAA